UGUAGUUUGAAAGCAUGGCGCCCGCUGGACUGCGGCUGGUGCUCUGUGAGGAGAAGAUCCGGGAGAAGAGCGGCCUGGCGCCCCAUCGCGACCUGGCUGAACUUCGGUCAUUGUCUAUCCCUGGAACGUACCAAGAGAAGAUUACUCACCUAGGAAAUUCUUUGAUGAAUUUAACAGGUCUAAAAUCUUUAGAUCUCUCACGCAACUCCUUAGUUAGUCUAGAGGGCAUUCAGCACCUGGCUUCCCUGGAACGUCUCAGCCUCUACCACAACUGCGUGUCCUCGCUGGCGGAAGUGCUACGGCUGCGCUCUUUGCCGGAGCUCAGGGACGUGGACUUGCGACUGAACCCCGUGGUGAAGAACCAGCCCGGUUACCGCCUCGUUGUGCUGCACGCGCUCCCAAAGCUCAGGCAGCUGGAUGACCGCCCCGUGAGAGCGAGCGAGCGGGAAGCAUCCUGGCUGCAUUUUGCUUCAGAGGGAUCCCUGGACUCCACGCAGAGCUUGUCAGCUGCGGGUAGAGCCGGAAGACCGUGCCAGUCCAGAGCCAAGUGCACCGACCCCUCGGCCAAAAAGUGCUUGGUCAUGGAUGUGGAUGACGAGGCGGUCCUGAGCCUGAUUGCCGAGUGCGAGUGGGACCUGAGCAACCCUCCUGGGAGCACGAGUUACAGCCAGAAGGAGCGAGAGGCUGACUUCCACAGUCCCCAAGAAUCCAGGCAUCUGUUGAGUCCUCAGCCAGUGCAGUACCAGUGUGGGGACUCCAUAAAGAAGGGUCACGAGAGGAGAAAAGGCAGCUCCAGAGGGCUUGGUGCUGAGAAGAAACCUCCGAGCCUGUGCUGCGGAGCGCCCUCGCUGCACGGAGACCAGGCCAAGGCCCGCAGGCCCCUGGGGCCGUACACGUACUUCCCCCCACACCCAGACUCCACAGACGUCGAGGACUCAGCCCCCUUUUCUCAGAAGUCGAGUUUGUCAGCACAGAACGUGUUCAAUCCCUUGCCUGCUCCCGAAAAGUACAGGAAGCAGAGAGCGCCUGGCAGGAGGUCGCAGGUGCCAGCAGCCCAGGCCAGUGUGAGCUGCCUGGAGGGCAGUCUGCGUGGGCAGAGUGGCUCCCAGGCCAGCAGCCCGACGGCCUGUUCCCCUUCAGAGGCAUCGGAGCCUGGAGAGCAGAGACCUCUCGGCACACGCGGUCCCAGGGGGGUAUCUCCCAAACUGUACCUGCCCGGGAAGAAGGCCACCCUGGAGGUGACGCUCCUGGAAGCGCUUCUCGACCUGGUGGACAGGCACUGGAGUGGCUGCAAGUCCCUGCACUGCAACGAGGUGUUCCUAGCUCAGGCAAGACAUAUUUUGUCAUCUCUUCAAGAAUUUGCAGCAGCUCAGGACAAUUCGACAAUUCUGAAUGAAGAAAUUAGCUACCUGACUCUCGAAAACAAAUCUUUGCACAAUGCCCUGGCUGAGCAACAGCAGCAAUACGGCGCGAAGAUGAGUGAGGUGGUGUCGGAGCUCAGCAGCAUCCGGAAGGAGAUGGGUGAUGUGAGGCAGCAUUUAGACAGAUCUCUGGAGGAGAACAGUAGCUUCAAGUCUCUUCUGUUCAGCAUGGAAGAAGAAGUAAGAAAUGGGCUGCAGACAGGCAUGCAGAGGCUGUCGGAUGAGGUCAUGGCAUUACAGCAGCACCUGGAGCACUGUGACAAGAUCCAGGAGCUCACGUGCAUGCUGCAGGAGAGCCACAGCGCCCUGGUCAGCACCAACGAGCACCUGCUGCAGGAGCUGGGCCGGGUGCGGGCGCUGCACAGGGCCGAGGUCCAGCAGCUGCACUGGAGCUACGAGGCACUCAAGAGGACCAUGGGCCUGUCCCCGCAUGGCAGCGCCCUCCAGCCCUGCACGCCCCAGCCUCCCCAGGUGGCGGCCUGUGUGCGAGCCGCCGAGGACUGUCAGCACUCUCGCUGUUCAGGGCCCACAGCUCCGUCUUCCGAAACAGCCUAAGAAGACAGGAGUGACGCAGGCCCCUCCCUGGUUUCCAGACAAAACAGAGACCCUUAAUUGUCAUGAGAUAAAGAAAAUGCAGCAUUUUGCUGCCCGAUGUAAAAGAGAGCGUGUGUAAUGAUUGAAGAAAACAGUUUUUUGUGAACAGUCAGUCCUUAUUUAAUAAAUGAAUACAUUGUUCUAAAAAGUGGCUCUUCACAAAUUAUAACUGAGUUUCUCAUUGAGUUCUUUUAUAAAAUGAGAUAUGCACCCUAGUUGGUGAGCAGAAACGAAUUAAGUUCCAGGACUUCAUAAAGUAAUCUUCGUAGUUGUGGGAAUCGUUUAAAAAUGUUGUUUUUUGAUAUUAACAUCCCACAGUAAAAAUAGCUGUCUCUUGCUCAGUGUAUUUCUGAAAAUGGUGUCAUAACAGGGCAUAAAAUCAGAUGUUCAGGGGCUGGCUGAGUAGUGCGUUGGUUAAGAGCUGGCUUGGGCUG